AUGGACUACUCUCCUCGCCUCGCCGCCUCGCCUCGUGCCGCCGCAGAACUGACCCCGCAUGAUCAGAAACCUUCCGGGCAGCCUCGCAAGAGAAAGGGCCAUCGGGGAGGCAAAAAGAAGCGAUCGCGCCGCAAGAGUUUUGCUGCUCUUGCCGAAGACAGCCACGAUGAAGGCCCCGGUCCUUCUGGCUCGGCCAUGGUCUACCAGGUCCCUGCUGCCAACCUGAGCGGCACCAGCAUUGACAGUGAAGCAUUGCUCGACCACCGCCCCGGCAGUCCCGAUAACCGGGGCGGCCCGUGGGACGAAACAGCACCUCUGUUGUCGGAGUCGGCAAAGAAGAGCUCGCCGGUUGGGGGCCCGUCGAGUUACGGAGCCAGCGACUCCAAGGCCGGCCGGAACCGAAGCCGGAGAUCGAGCAGGUCCUCCCGGAAGUUGGCGACUUCGCUGGGCGCCGCCGAUGGCUACGACGUGAACCACCCGCCCUCUGUGCCCGGCUCGCCGGCGUUUGGAGCCAUCGACGGUCCAGACAUGACGUUUGGCGACGUCAUGAUUCGAGACGACAUGUCCUUGCGCAGCGGCAGCCCCGGGCGCUCCAUAGAUGAGCGAGCCUCGUCCGAGGCCCAAGGUCCCGGCCACGACCACCGGCAGGAGCCCGCGCGGAGGCCGGCCGCGCUCGCCUCGGAAGACGUGUGCUUUCCGGUGCCUGGCAUGUCCGAGAUUGGCGACGACGACACGCAGCUGCAGUAUGCCCAGCCAUAUCAACGGCGACCGCGUCGACGUCGCGGGCAAUGGCCGGACCUGACGGUGCUCGAGGAGUGGAGGCACUACGAGAAAGAGGAUCGCAGCGACGAGCGCCGUGCCAAGAGGAUCACGGAACCCCAGCUGAUCAACGGGCGCCUGCGCCCCGUGCGCAAGGGAUGGUUUCAGACGGUCGAGGAGGCCCCGUACCGCUUCACAUACUUCAACGAAGAGUUCCAAAGCACCAUCCACAGCCAGACGAUAUCCGAGCUGGUGCAACCCGGCAGCGACUUCCAAGAGCUCUUCAUCCCCGAGCCGCGCAUCCUCUCCGACGAUGAGAGCAGCGACGAGGAAGACGACAAUGUCUCGCUGGCCACCAAGCGGCAACGGUCCGUGAACGGCCUGAACGGCAACCCCAAGCUCCCCACUCGGCAGCCCUCCCUCGCCGACGCAAGACAAGGCGACACGGCGUCACCGCACAAGGAUCCCGCAGACGUUUCGAGGCGCGUCAGUCCCUCUGGCCUCAAGUCGCCGCAGAGCAGCGUCCACCCCGCCCCGCCCCCCGCCCCCGCCGAAGCCGUCGAAAAGCCGGUGCGGUACGGCGACCGCCCCGUCUGGUGGCUCGAUGUUCUGUCCCCGAAGGAGGCGGAGAUGAAGGUCAUCGCCAAGGCGUUCGGCAUUCACCCCCUGACCGCGGAAGACAUCAUGCUCCAAGAGGCCCGCGAAAAGGUCGAGCUCUUCCGGCACUACUACUUUGUAAACUACCGCACCUUUGACCAGGACAUCGGCAGCGAAAACUACCUCGAACCGGUCAACAUGUACGUGGUCGUGUUUCGCGAAGGCGUGCUCAGCUUCCACUUUUCCAUGACGCCUCACCCGGCCAACGUGAGGCGGCGUAUCCGCCAGCUGAGGGACUACCUCAUCCUGUCGUCUGACUGGAUAUCCUACGCCAUCAUCGACGACAUCACCGACGUGUUCCAGCCGCUCAUCCAGAACAUCGAAGACGAGGUGGACGAGAUUGACGAGAACAUCCUGCGCAUGCACACGCCGGAAAAGGACGAGAAGACAGCCCACCUGCGCGACGACAGCUCAUCCUUCUUCGACUCGGGCGACAUGCUGCGCAGGGUUGGGGACUGCCGCAAGCGAGUCAUGAGCCUUUACCGCCUGCUGGGAAACAAGGCAGACGUUAUCAAGGGCUUUGCGAAGCGAUGCAACGAGAGGUGGGAAGUCGCGCCUAGAUCCGAAAUCGGCCUCUAUCUCGGCGACAUUCAAGACCACAUUGUGACCAUGACGUCUAACCUUGGCCACUACGAAAAAAUUUUGGCCCGCUCACAUGGCAAUUACCUCGCCCAAAUCAAUAUUCGCAUGAAUGAGCGGCAGGAGCAAACGGCCGAUGUGCUUGGCAAGCUCACCGUGCUGGGCACCAUUGUCUUGCCCAUGAAUAUCAUCACCGGCCUCUGGGGCAUGAACGUCUGGGUACCUGGCCAGGAGUACGAGGGAGACUUGACGUGGUUUGUGUGGAUCACGGUUGGGCUUGUGGGUUUCGGCAUCGCCUGCUACGUGAUUGCGAAGAGGGUGUACAAGAUUGUCUGA